AUGUUGAUGGCCUCUGCUGCAAGAAGCAGCACGCCGCAGCUUCUCCUAUUCCUUUACGCUGGCUGCGUCCUCCUUGUCAUGUCGAGUAAUGCUCCUUGGCAUGUCGCAGCAGCUGCCAACUCGCCGUUCUCCUUCAGCUUCGACUUCUCCACCAUAUCCACCUCCCGCUUAGAAGACCUCCAACUCGAGGGCGAUGCGGCCCAGCACGGGAAGCUAGUCGACCUGACCUGCUACUCCCUCACGCAGAGAAACCCCUACGGCGACUGCACGGGGGGGAUGGUGUACGCUCACCCGGUGCCCUUCUAUGACAGUAUCACCGGUGAGGUGUCGAGCUUCACCACGCAGUUCACCUUCGCGAUGGGGCUCAACUCCGCUGGCGGCAACGAGGGUGGCAUGGCUUUCUUCCUCUCCAGCUACCCUUCAAGAUUGCCGCCGGACUCAAGCGGCAGUGGGGGCAACCUUGGUCUCCCUGGUAAUGACGGCCUGAGCCAAGCCUAUGGCACAGACCGGUUCAUCGCCGUUGAGUUCGACACAUUGAGCAACACCUGGGAUCCAAGGGGCACCCAGGACCAUAUCGGCAUCGACAUCAACACUGUUAGUCAGUCGGUUAACACGACAGGCUUGCCCACCUUCAGCUUGAACGGCUCUAUGACGGCGUCCAUCACCUUUGACAGCAAUACCAAGAUGCUUGUCGCCUCCCUGCAGUUUGAUGACCGUCCUUCUGUCGGCCCUGUUGAGGUAAGCACCAUGUUGCCAGAUCCCGUCACGUCCUUGCUACCGUCGGAGGUGGCAAUUGGGUUUUCUGCGGCCACCGGUGAAUCCUUCCAGCUCCAUCAGAUACUGUCAUGGUCCUUCAACUCAACUCUUGCAACUCACGCAGGUUUUUCACAUCGUAGGUGGAGAUUCAAAAGCGAUUCCUUCGUGUUGGGAACAACCGGCCUUGGGCGAUUUGAGCACAGCGAGUUGGCCAGGGCAACGAACGAUUUCUCGGAGAAAAGCAAGCUUGGAGUCGGUGCCUUUGGUGCUGUAUAUAAGGGGUGUUACAAGGACAAGGAAGGCAGGCAAUUAGAAGUUGCUGUGAAAAAAAUAAAGCAGACUGAAGGAAGGGAUUUCAGCGGCGAACUCAAGACGAUUAGUGCAACGAGGCACAUGAAUCUAGUCGAGCUGAAAGGUUGGUGCUGCAGCCGAGACAACUCAGCCUGUAUCGGUUUCUGCUGUUGCGGUUGUCGGCAAAAGGUUAAACGUUUCCUUGUAUAUGAAUUGGUACCUAAUGGCGACCUGGAGUACCACCUGAAGAAUGUUCUACCAUGGGAGAAGAGGUACAAAAUAGCGAAGGGGAUAGGUUCUGCCAUAACUUAUCUCCACCACGGAUGCAAGAGGUGCAUCUUGCACAGAGAUAUCAAGCCAAGCAACAUACUCUUGGACGAUGAGUUCAACCCCAAGCUUGGUGACUUCGGGCUAUCGAGGAUCACUGGCAAGGAUAGUACCAUGCUGAUGACAACUGCUAUCGGGACGUUGGGGUACAUGGAUCCACAAUGCAUUAAAGAUGGGGAAGUAGAGUACAACUGUAGGUCCGACGUCUACAGCUUCGGAAUUGUUCUACUAGAGAUUGCAUGUGGAAAGAAGCCCAGGGAGCAAAUCCAGCUGGAGGAGCUGAGGAGCACCGGAACUGAAGCCCAGUUUGUGGAGAAUGUCGCUGAUGACAAAUUAAAUGGAGACUACAAUAGGACAGAGAUGCAGCGCCUGAUUUUCCUGGGACUCAGGUGCUCCCACCCAGUUGGGCAACAACGUCCUUACAUGAAGGAUGCAAUGAAAUACCUGGAGGAUGGCAUAGAGUUGCCUGCUAUAACUGAAAGACAGAGCCACCAGGGUGCAUAUGGCACUAUUUGCUCUGACGAGCAGGCACUUAUGUCACCUGGUGCUGUCUCUUCCUUUCGACGGCACGAAUGGGGUUACUCCAGCAGGCACAUCCACCGCGCCACAACCCGCCACGACCAGGAUCCGGUCGAGCCCGAGCCAGUUCGAGCCGCCGCAGCCGCGACGGGCAUCACCUCCUCGCAGUCCCUCCACGUCUGGCCACACGCCCGCGACUCAGCCUGGACGUGCCGAGCGGGCUUUUCGGCCUGCUCGUGGCCCGUUAAGGACCGGACCAGCCGCCACCUCCAGGUCAAAGGCGACGGCGCCGUCGGACCUCGCCCCAUCCGGCCGUCCCUCUCCAAUCUCCAUCGCCACCUUGAUCUCUCCUACCGCGCCAUUGUCACCUUGCUCUUGUCCAAGCUGGAGGAGCACGAGUACGCUGGUGACGCAGAUCAAGCAGCAGGGACGCAACCUGCACGCCGUCGGUCCCGCCUCCCCUGGUUCCUUGCCGAGCGCCACGAAGAGGAAGGGACUAAGAGAAUGGUGAAGGGGAAGGGGAAUGAGAAGGAAAAUGCGAUUGGGAAGGAGAAGGAGAAGGGCAAGAUGAAGGCAAAGGAGAAGAGCUUAAGUUACUUAAUUAGGCAAGAAUCGCCGCUGCCUCCGCCGGUUCGGAAGAAGGGCAAGCCGCCGAAGCUGAUUAAGAAGGCGAAAGACUAUACCAAUGCCCCAAUCGCAGAUUUGAUUUGUAGGGUAAAAAAACACCCUCCGCUGCCUCCACGUCUCCCCAACCGCACCGGCGCUGGCGUGCGUGCUGCGGAAGCUGCUGCCUCCGGCUCCGCAACCAACUCCGAGAUGGCUCAUGCAUCUACUAUGAUUGAGAACAAAAUCAUGUCCGUCACACUCGACAAUGCUUCUAACAAUGAUGGUGCCGUUGAUGCUUUGAAGGCAAAGUUCUUGGUUCGUAGAGGUGCGGACUUCGAUGCCCAAUAUUUCCACGUCCGUUGUUGUGCACACAUCCUCAAUUUGGUGGUGCAAGAUGGGACAGAGGUCUUGGACCCUUUGAUAAAGAGCUUGAGACAGACGGUGAAAUAUUUCAAGAGGUCACCUUCUCGUCUCAAAGCAUUUGUUGACACUUGCAAAAGCUUAGGUGUCACGGUUGAAAGCCAGCCAUAUCCUAGUGAUUCUGUAUACCAAACCACUGCUGAAAUGUCUACUUCCAAAGGAACAUGGCUGAUAUUUUGGAGCUUAGUAUGCUACUACACAUUGCGUAGCUGCACAUUCAGAACAAAAAAGGGCACACAAAUUGCAACGACAUCUCACCUGUUAAGUGAAGUACAGGAGGUAGUGAAGUCCACUGAAAGGAUGUUGAGGAGGAUCUACGGCCUGCUGCUUCGGGGGUGUGUGGAGGAGGUAAACCCGCGGCUUGGUGCUCGGUGA